GCGGUGUCUGCUCGGGAGCUUGCCUCUCUGAUAGCUUGUGAGCGCGCUCCCGGGGACAGGAGGCUUCAGUGAUCGCCGGGGAUCGGCUAGGAGCAGCUGUGGUCACAUCUGAGCACCGGGCUUUCUAUCCGGUCCCUCCAGAAUCAUGGCGUUUAGUAAAGGAUUUCGGAUCUUCCAUAAACUGGAUCCCCCGUUCAGCCUGAUGGUAGAGGCGCGGUACAAGGAGGAGUGUCUAAUGUUUGAGUCCGGAGCCGUGGCGGUCCUCUCCUCGGCAGAAAAAGAAGCCAUUAAGAGCAGAUAUACAAAAGUCAUGGAUGCCUAUGGCCUGUUGGGAGUUCUGCGACUUAAUCUUGGGGAGACUAUGUCGUAUUAUCUGGUGGUGGUCACCGGCUGUAUGUCAGUAGGAAAGAUUCAGGACUCUGAAGUCUUUCGUGUCACCUCCACGGAGUUCAUCUCCCUAAGGAUCGACCCCGCGGAUGAAGAUCGGAUGUCUGAGGUCCGCAAGGUGCUGAACUCCGGCAGUUUCUACUUUGCCUGGUCUGCGACGGGUGUCAGUCUGGACCUCAGCCUCAAUGCCCACCGCAGCACACAGGACCAGAGGACAGACAACCGAUUUUUCUGGAAUCAGGCUCUGCACUUACACCUGAAGCAUUAUGGAGUGAACUGUGACGACUGGCUCCUGCGUCUUAUGUGUGGCGGAGUGGAGAUCAGGACUAUUUAUGCGGCACAUAAGCAGGCCAAGGCUUGUAUUAUUUCCCGCCUGAGCUGUGAGCGCGCAGGGACAAGGUUCAACGUGCGGGGCACCAAUGAUAACGGCCAGGUGGCCAACUUUGUGGAAACGGAACAGGUGAUUUACCUGGAUGACUGCGUGUCCUCGUUUAUACAAAUCAGAGGCUCCAUUCCCCUUUUCUGGGAGCAGCCAGGCUUACAGGUUGGAUCUCAUCGUGUGAGGAUGUCAAGAGGAUUUGAAGCCAAUGCUCCUGCUUUUGACAGGCAUUUCCAAACUCUGAAGAGACUUUAUGGCAGUCAAGUUGUGGUCAAUCUUCUUGGGUCAAAAGAAGGCGAGACUAUGCUCAGCAAAGCUUUUCAGAGUCACUUAAAGGCGUCGGAACACGUGUCUGAUGUCCUGAUGGUGAAUUUCGACUAUCAUCAGAUGGUGCGUGGAGGAAAAGCUGAAAAGCUGAACACUGUCCUCAAACCUAAAGUUUCUGCAUUUUUGGAAGAUUGCGGCUUCUUCUCUAUGGACAAAGAUGGAGUGCAAAGGACACAAAGUGGCAGCAUUAGAACUAAUUGCUUGGACUGCCUGGACAGAACCAACAGUGUCCAAGCCUUCUUUGGGUUGGAGAUGCUAUUAAAGCAGCUGGAAGUCUUUGGCCUGGCUGAGAAGCCACAGAUGGUUACGCGGUUUCAGGAGGUAUUCCGUACAAUGUGGUCUACCAAUGGAGACUCGAUCAGUAAAAUUUACGCCGGUACUGGAGCCCUGGAAGGAAAAGCGAAGACUGGAAAGUUAAAAGACGGAGCGCGCUCGGUAACCAGAACGAUCCAGAGCAACUUUUUUGAUGGCUCCAAGCAAGAAGCGAUAGAUGUGCUGCUGCUGGGAAACACCUUGAACAGCGAUUUGGCUGACAAAGCCCGAGCUCUCCUGACUACUGGAAGUUUACAUGUGUCAGAACUCAUGUUACAAUCAGCAUCGCCAAGAGUACUGCGAAGCAUGUGUGAGAACUACUACAGGUAUGCUAAGCCCAAGAAAAUCCGCAUUUGCAUUGGUACCUGGAACGUGAAUGGCGGAAAGCAGUUCAGAAGCAUUGCUUUCAAAAAUCAGACUCUGACCGACUGGCUACUCGAUGCUCCAAAAAUUGCUGGAAUUCAGGAGUUCCAAGAUAGAAGAAGCAAGCCCACAGAUAUAUUUGCCAUCGGCUUUGAGGAGAUGGUUGAAUUGAAUGCAGGAAAUAUUGUCAAUGCAAGCACAACCAACCAGAAGCUGUGGGCUGCAGAACUUCAGAAGACCAUAUCCCGGGACAAUAAGUAUGUUCUGCUGGCAUCGGAACAAUUGGUCGGUGUAUGUCUUUUCGUCUUCAUAAGACCCCAGCAUGCCCCUUUUAUCAGGGAUGUUGCAGUGGACACAGUGAAGACCGGAAUGGGAGGAGCCACAGGAAACAAAGGUGCAGUCGCCAUCAGGAUGCUGUUCCACACCACCACCCUCUGCUUCGUCUGCAGUCACUUUGCUGCUGGACAGUCUCAGGUCAAAGAAAGGAAUGAAGAUUACAACGAAAUAGUUCGCAAGCUAAGCUUUCCAAUGGGACGAAUGCUUUUCUCUCACGACUAUGUCUUCUGGUGUGGUGACUUCAAUUAUCGCAUUGAUUUUCCCAAUGAGGAGGUGAAGGAGCUGAUCCGAAGCCAGAACUGGGAUUCCCUUGUACCUGGAGAUCAGCUAAUAAAACAAAAAGAUUCUGGACAAGUUUUUCGAAGUUUCUUAGAGGGGAAAGUUAAUUUUGCUCCAACCUAUAAAUAUGACUUAUUCUCUGAUGAUUAUGACACAAGUGAGAAGUGCCGUACCCCAGCUUGGACAGAUCGUAUCCUCUGGAGAAGAAGGAAAUGGCCCUUUGACAGAUCAGCCGAAGAUUUAGAUCUUCUGAAUUCAAGCUUACAAGAAGGCAGGAAUUUCCCUUAUACCUGGAAUCCAGGUACUUUACUGCACUAUGGCAGGGCAGAGCUAAAGACAUCUGAUCACAGGCCUGUGGUCGCUGUGGUCGAUGUAGAUAUAUUUGAAACUGAAGCAGAAGAAAGACAGAAGAUCUAUAAGGAGGUGAUUGCCACCCAGGGCCCUCCAGAUGGCACAAUUAUGGUCUCCAUACAAAGCAAAUCCUCAGAAGACAAUUAUUUUGAUGAUAAUUUGAUUGACGAGCUGCUGCAGCAGUUUGCAGGUUAUGGCGAGGUCAUACUUAUAAGGUUCGUAGAUGAUAAAAUGUGGGUGACGUUUCUAGACGGAAGUUCCUCCCUCUCGGCUUUAGACCUGAAUGGUGUUGAGGUUCUAGGAAAAACGAUGAACAUUCAGUUGAAGAACCCGGACUGGAUCACACAGGUGGAGGAGGAGAUGAAUCUGGAGAAGAUCAGUGUAACGAUACCGUGUUCCACCAGUUCUACCUUGUUGGGUGAAGAUGCCGAGAUUGAGCCAGAUUAUGACAUGGAAGGUGACGUGGAUGAUUAUAGUGCUGAAGUAGAGGAGAUUCUCCCUCAGCAUCUACAGCCAUCUUCAUGCUCCAAUCUUGGCUCAUCUCCCAGCUCUUCUCCCCGCUCCAGUCCCUGCCCAUCACCCACCAUGCCAGAGGGACCACCACCGGCUCUCCCUGUCCGGCCAAGCCGGGCACUUGGAAAAACACCCGGACCUCCCGUUGCUGCAUCCCAAGGCUCUCCAGUGGACUUCCAGCCAAUCGUACAACAGAAAGAGCAACUUUCCACCUUAGAACCAAAGAGGCCUCCUCCUCCGAGACCUGGUGUUCCACCAGCACGCCCAGCACCCCCUCAGCGCCCUCCUCCACCAUCAGGUGCUCGGAGUCCGGCACCAACUAGAAAAGAGAUUGGAGGUGCUCCUCCCAGCCCCGGUGUGGCUCGUAGAGACGUGGAAGCUCGUGGACAAGCCCCUCCUCCGCUUGGACCUCCAUCUGCCACGCCAUGUGCUAUGGUCAGGCCGACUAUCCCUCCCCGUGCGGGGGUAAUAAGCGUUCCUCAAAGCCAUGGUGGACCAGCACAAGCCAGACUUCCCGCCCCAGCACCUGUCAAAGCAGCUGAGCCUCCAAAAGCAUUCCCAUCUCUUCCUGAGCCUAUGAUACCCCAACUAGCAGCCCCUCUUCAGCCUAGUCUAACCACCCAACCACCCUGCCAAAAGAUGCAAGAACCUAUGCAGCCGACAUCAUCAGAUCCCACCUCUCACACACCACCUCCGCAGAGCCUAGACACGCCUCCGCAGGCACCUCCCCGCAGCCGCUCCGCUCAGAAUCUGCCUUCAGACAAUGUCGCUCCUCAACCAAAUCCAACUAAUGGAGUCAGUGGCUUUAGAAGUCAGUUUGAAAACGAUCUUUUUGCGGACUUCUCUUUAGAUCCCCUUCCCAUUAACAAGCUUCCUGUACUCAACACCAUAUCAUCUGCUCCAUCAGCAAGCCAAAGGGAGCCAGUCCUGUUGCCUUCUGCAGUACAGAAUAAUCUUCAUACCGUCAAUAGCCUGCCCAUACUGCCUCCAGUCCCAAGCCGGAGUGUAUCGCAAGACAGUCUGAGAAUAUCCCCUAAUCCAUUCCUUAACAAAUCCAUUACUACAAAUUCACUCAACCCAAUCAAUGAAAGAUCAGCAAAUGCCGGAAAUCCAUUCAAGAACCCAACAUCUUUGACUGGUCCUACAUUACUGCCAACUGGAGUAUGUGAGCAAUUUCAUUCCACAAGCCAACCUGAGCUUCAGCAGAGCAAGCCAGUAUUCACCCUAGGGCCAGCGGAGAAAAGUCUAUCAUUGCCCCAUAAUUUUGCCUCAGUGGCUGAGUCUAAUCUUAAAAGCUGGGUAACCUUUGAUGACGACAGUUUUACAGAUAUAUCAAAUAGGUCAGUCAGCAAUGGCAUAGAUUUUGAUGGCUUCCAGCAGUCUACUUUUGAUAGCAACCUGAACACAAUCCCAGUAGGUUCUUUCUCUCAAUCGCUGAGGAAACCCCCACCACCACCUCCUAUUCCAUCAAGGACAACAAAAUUUGACCCCUCUACCAAAAUAUCUACUCACCCUUAUCCAACUAUGGAAUUCACUGAUCGGUAACAUGGAACUGCACUUGAGAUUACCCAAGCGUGCAAUAACUUUGGUCAAUUAUGAAGUUCAUGGCUACUUAAUAUAACCUUUCCUAUAACCACUAUUUAAUAUAUUUCUUGAUUUGUGUAUAUCUGGGUAACAUUUCAAAUGUCAUUUUUGUAUGUGUUGUUAAACUUUAAUGUGUUUGUGAUUGUUAGGAAGCCACUUAAAAUUGCUGAAUGGAUACAUAAGAUGUAUUUUGAUCUUUAAUCAGGGAAGGGCAGGUUUUCAUACUUGUGUGGUUUAUGUAAAACCAUACAAGAAAUUAAUCCGCACUCUUUCCUUACGUCACUGGUGAAAGAGAAACUUUGCAAGGCCGGAUCUUUGGUUUUCAAUAAACUGGCGGGCGUAAACCUAGGGGACGCAACUUUGUUUUUUUGUUUUUUGUAUGCUACUCUGCAGCUGGCUGUAGGGGACAAGCCGAUCAACCCUACACCCUUAUUGAGCACAAAGGGCCUGGAGUGAUAUAAACUCUUGGUUUGACAUGGCUGAGGAACUUGGCUAGAUACUUUAACUUAAAGUAGGGCUAAACUCCACCUAUACUUUGCUCCACAGUGAUAGGAUGUCACGGGCACUAACCUUCUCCCCAACGUCUUCUGGGUUUUGUACAUGCACACAAAAAUUCAUUCAUCCGGGCAUCCAGCCAGGUUUAUACACUGAGCUGUGCAUGCACACCUCAAAGUACAGUGCAGAGAAGAUUGUGGAGAGGAAGGUAAGAAGCAUUUAUAGCAGAAGAGACUUAGUAUGUCCCUUCUAUAUAAAUAAAAAAAAAUAAAAAAUAAUCUUCCGGCUUGCUGAGUUCUGCUUUCCAUAGAAAUCUUUUACCACCUUGAGACCCCUUUAGACCAUCUGCAGUCUCCUCAUAAGGAAUAGUGGGACUUUACCUGCCACUUACAUUAGUAGAAGAGAUCAUCAAUGAAAUACAAUAAAGUGUAUAGAGAUUUUUGGGUUAUGUCCGUACAGUCUUGCCACAAUACCUGAUUUCACCACUAGGCAAAUCUUUAGCUUAGCAAAGUGAUAACAGAUACUUGCCUAAGCAUGUAAGAUCCAAAUGAUUAUCGAGACUUUGUACCUGGUUGGUUCUCAGAUCCAGCACCAGUAGAAAUGAUAUGCGUAUAUUUAUAUGAAGAACGAUCUGGGAAAAUGCAGCAUAUCUAAUGUAAGGAGCCAACUUUUUAUUUAGCUUGAAGCUAAAAUCCAAAUUAAAUGUAAACCGUAAAACUAAAGGGUGCAAAUGCAAGAAUAGAAGUGAGGAACAGAGAGGGGAGAGCCAAAAGACUAUGGAAGCUUCUUGCUAAAGAACAUUUUAUCAAGGGGCAAUCAGUUUGUGUAAGCCAUUGGCUUCUACCAUUUUGCUCCUCUCUGUGACUCCCCUGGCUUGUGGAAAAAAAGAAAUGUUCCUGGACUGCCGCA